CUAGGAGAUCUUGAGAGACUGAAAGGGGUUAGGCAAGGACCCCCACAUGUGGAUGCCCCACCACAAGCCGCCAACCCUGCGGACAUCCGCUUACUUCAUACACCUAUCUGGCGGUAACAAUGCCCGACUCAACUACCUACCGAUACGACCUGGGCUCCUACCGUCGAAAGAUCAGCACCUCUAGCUCGAAAGCACAGGAGUGGUUUGAUCGCGGCUUGGUUUGGUGUUAUGCGUUUCACCAUGAAGAGUCCGCCCGAUGCUUCGAACGGGCCAUCGACGAAGACCCAAGUUGCGCGAUGGCUUAUUGGGGUCUCGCGUUCGCCCUCGGGCCGAAUUACAAUAAACCUUGGGACUUGUUUGAUGAGAAAGAGCUCAAGGCCACACUAAGGAAAAUAAAUGAAGCGAACGAAAAGGCCAAACAACACGCACCCAAGUCUACGGAUAUCGAAAGAGCACUAAUCGAUGCCGUGCAAGUGCGUGUGCCGAAAGGUCUAGACGAGGCUGCUUUUCAGGCGUGCAACGAGGAAUAUGCCGAGGCCAUGAGGAGCGUUUACGGGAAUUUCUCUAGUGACCUCGACAUCGCUUCGCUUUAUGCAGACUCCCUCGUAUGCCUCUCGGCGUGGAAUCUCUGGGAUCUCAAGACGGGCGAGCCAACGCCUGGUGCUCGCUCAUUAGAGGCCAAGGCUGUGCUCGAGAAAGCUUUGCAGCAAGAGAGCUCACACAAACAUCCGGGAGUUCUCCAUCUGUACAUUCAUCUCAUGGAGAUGUCAGCGACGCCGGAAGUAGCCCUUGUCUAUGCCGAUCAUCUAAGAAAACUUACCCCGGACGGAGGACACUUGCUACAUAUGCCGUCCCAUCUGGACAUCCUUGUUGGUGACUAUCGACAUGCCAUUGACGCUAAUGCGGAUGCCUGCCGUGCUGACGAGAAGUACGUUGCCGAGCAUGGGGCGAGAAACUUUUACUCAUUCUACAUGAUGCACAACUAUCACUCGCUCGUGUAUGCAGCCAUGUUUGCAGGGCAGUUCAAGGUCGCACUGGACGCAGUCAACCGGAUGGAGGCAUCGCUGCCUGAGUCGCUGCUGCGCAUUGAAAGCCCGCCCAUGGCAGACUGGUUGGAGAACUUCGCGUCAGUCCGGGUCCAUGUCCUAGUUCGUUUCGGACGAUGGCAGGAUCUUAUCGCGCUCGAGAUGCCGUCUGACACGGACCUCUUUUGUGUGACAGCAGCAAUGAUACGUUAUGGCAAAGGCGUUGCAUAUGCCGCUACUGGCGACGUCGUUAAGGCGCAAGAGGAACGCGAUGCCUUGGUUCAGGCAGUAGAGUGUAUCCCAGCAUCGCGGAUAUGCGGAGAUUUUCCUAACAGGUCUAACGUCGUGCUGCAAGUUGGAGUUGCAAUGUUGGACGGCGAGCUUGAGUACCGCAAAGGCAACUACGAGGAGGCUUUCAAACACCUCGAGACGGCAAUUGAACGUGAUGAUAACCUCGUAUACGCCGAGCCUUGGCCAUGGAUGCAACCGACACGCCAUGCAUAUGCUGCCCUGUUGAUGGAGCAGGGCCGAAUAGAAGAUGCGGCAACAGCCUACAAAGCAGAUCUGGGGUUCGAUGAUACGCUACCGCGGGCGAGGCAACAUCCGAACAACGUAUGGGCCCUGCGCGGCUACCAUGAGAGUCUGGUGGCUUUGGGUCGGAGGGACGAAGCCGAUAUCAUUGGGCAGCAGCUAAGAGUCGCACUCGCUGUAGCUGACGUUAGUGUCGACGUGAGUUGCUACUGCCGACGUAGUGGGAAUGCGUAGACGGACGGGAGCCGACAUGUUUAUCAGGAUACGAUCGUCGUCGAAGAAACACACAGUUGCUGGCCAGUUGAGCGUCUUCCCGUGUCCGCGUCGCCAGCGAACUCUUUCAGGUGCUUGUUGAGGCCGAUCUCCUGACUUGGGUUAAACGACAUGAGAGGUUCCUGCGGUGUGAAUAUACCAGGGUCGUCAGGAGUUGCUGUCCAUGCUGAUGUCUAUUCGAGCGGUUGAAUGCAGCUCAGUUGCCUUAUCGGACUGAUCGAACCGAAUCGGAUUGCAAACCUAGUACGACUCGCGGGUCAACCCUGAUAUCUUUGCUUGACCGUUCCCCUU